CUGCAUCACAGAGAGGAAAAUACCACCAGAUGGCGGUUUAGGAUUGCUGCUCUUCUCUCAAGGCGCGGUUCCGCUCGCACGGCCAAUUUUCAAUAAUAAAAUACGCACGAUAUUAAAACGAAAAUCGAUUUAUUGUUUUCGGAAGGCGAUAAUCGAUUCGGCGAUGAGCGUUAAAGGAGGUGAAGAGAGUUAAGUGCCAGCAAGUUGAGCGCAGUCUGUCCGUCCGUCCUGGAGCCUCUCCUCCCUGCCCUUUCCUCAACUCUUUUCCCCCUCAACUGAUCUGAUCUCGUACCUACAUCUUUGAACCUGAAGACACACUCGGACAAAGUUAAACACUCGAACCGCCACCCACGCUGACCAGGAUGAUCACCUCAGAGCUCCCCGUCCUACAGGACUCAUCUAAUGAGUCGGGGGCGACAGACGCAGUGGGCCUGAGUAUGAGCAUAAGUGAGCUGGAAGAUCCCGAAGUUAAAGGCAAGAAGAAGAGGGGGAGGCCCGGAAAACAAGCCCAGUCAGCCAAUAAGAAGCCUCGGAAGACACCGGUGGAAAAGGCUACAGGUGUAGCAAGAGGGCGAGGGAAAGCGAACGGCGUGGCUCAACAUAAUGGAGACGGAGGAGAUCCUGUCACUCUGUUUGAAGUUGUCAAACUGGGAAAAAGUGCCAUGCAGUCUGUGGUGGAUGAGUGGAUCGAGUCGUACAAACAGGACAGAGACUUGGCCCUGCUCGACCUCAUCAACUUUUUCAUCCAGUGCUCAGGCUGCAAAGGCACCGUAAGGAUCGAGAUGUUCAGGAACAUGCAGAACGCAGAGAUCAUCCGCAAGAUGACCGAGGAGUUUGACGAGGACAGCGGGGAUUAUCCUCUCACCAUGCCCGGGCCCAUGUGGAAAAAGUUCCGCUACAACUUCUGCGAGUUCAUCAGCGUCCUAAUCCGCCAGUGUCAGUACAGCAUCAUCUACGACGAGUACAUGAUGGACACGGUGAUCUCCCUCCUCACGGGGCUCUCCGACUCUCAAGUGCGAGCCUUCAGACACACCUCCACGUUAGCAGCGAUGAAGCUGAUGACGGCGCUGGUCAACGUGGCUCUGAACUUGAGCAUUCACCAGGACAACACGCAGAGACAGUACGAGGCCGAGAGGAACAAGAUAGCCGGCAAACGAGCCAACGAGAAGCUGGAGCUGCUGCUACAGAAGAGGAAGGAGCUUCAGGAAAACCAGGAUGAAAUCGAGAACAUGAUGAACUCCAUCUUCAAGGGAAUCUUCGUGCAUCGAUACAGGGAUGCAAUCGCCGAAAUCCGAGCCAUCUGUAGAGAGAUCGGAGUGUGGAUGAAGAUGUACAGCGAUGCUUUUCUUAAUGACAGUUACCUGAAGUAUGUUGGUUGGACGCUACACGACAGGCAAGGAGAGGUGCGUCUGAAGUGCCUGAAGGCUCUGCAGAACCUGUACACAAACCGAGAACUGUUCCCCAAGUUGGAGCUUUUUACAAACCGCUUCAAGGAUCGUAUAGUAUCUAUGACACUGGAUAAGGAGUAUGAUGUGGCUGUGGAAGCUAUCAGACUGGUCACACUCAUCCUGCAGGGCAGUGAAGACGCAUUGUCCAAUGAGGACUGUGAGAAUGUGUACCAUCUGGUUUACUCGGCCCACAGACCAGUGGCCGUCGCUGCUGGAGAAUUCCUGCACAGAAAGUUGUUCAGUCGUCAUGACCCACAGGCAGAGGAAGCUCUGGCGAAGCGCAGGGGGAGGAGCAGUCCCAACGGGAAUCUCAUCCGCAUGCUGGUGCUGUUCUUUCUGGAGAGCGAGCUCCAUGAGCAUGCAGCCUACCUGGUGGACUCUCUGUGGGAGAGCUCUCAGGAGCUGCUGAAGGACUGGGAGUGUAUGACUGAACUUCUGCUGGAGGAGCCUGUUCAGGGAGAGGAGGUGUUGUCAGACAGACAGGAGAGUGCUCUGAUAGAGCUGACAGUCUGCACCAUCCGACAGGCAGCAGAGGCACAUCCACCUGUUGGUAGAGGCACGGGCAAACGGGUGCUCACAGCAAAGGAGAGGAAGACUCAGAUAGACGAUAAGAACAAACUCACAGAGCACUUCAUCAUGGCUCUGCCCAUGCUUCUGUCCAAGUACCAGGCAGACUCAGAGAAGGUAGCCAACCUGCUGCAGAUCCCUCAGUUCUUUGACCUGGACGUGUACAGCGCCGGCCGCAUGGAGAAGCACCUGGACGCCUUGCUGAAGCAGAUGCGGCUGGUGGUGGAGAAGCACAUAGAGAUGGACGUGCUGGAGGCCUGCAGUAAGACAUACAGCAUCCUCUGCUCGGAGGAGUACACCAUCAUGAACCGCGUGGACAUCGCCCGCUCACAGCUCAUCGACGAGAUGACGGACCGCUUCACACACUCAGUGGAGGAGCUGCUGCAGGAGGCUGAAGAGGCUGACGAUGACGACAUCUACAAUGUUUUAUCUACUCUCAAGAGACUCACAGCCUUCCACAAUGCCCACGACUUGACGCGGUGGGAUUUAUUUGGCAACUGUUACCGGCUGCUGAAGGCGGGCAUCGAGCAGGGCUCCAUGCCGGAGCAGAUUGCCGUGCAGGCGCUGCAGUGCUCCCACUACUCCAUCCUGUGGCAGCUGGUCAAAAUCACGGAGGGGGCCCCCAGCAAGGACGACCUGGUGGCUCUCAGGAGAGUGGUGAAGUCUUUCCUUGCUGUGUGCCAGCAGUGCCUGUCCAACGUCAACACACCAGUCAAAGAACAGGCGUUCAUGCUUCUCUGCGACCUGCUGAUGAUCUUCAGUCACCAGCUGACAUCGGGCGGGCGGGAGGGCCUCCAGCCUCUGGUCUUUAACCCGGACAGCACCCUGCAGAACGAGCUGCUCAACUUCGUCCUGGACCACGUCUUCAUAGACCAGGAUGACGAGAGUCAGAGCAUGGAGGGAGAUGAGGAGGACGAGGCCAACAAGAUCGAAGCUCUUCACAAAAGGAGAAACCUGCUCGCAGCUUUCUGCAAACUCAUCAUCUACGACAUCGUAGACAUGCCGGCUGCUGCCGACAUCUUCAAACACUACAUGAAGUAUUAUAACGAUUACGGCGACAUCAUCAAGGAAACUCUGAGUAAAACCAGACAGACGGACAAAAUCCUCUGCGCCAAGACUCUCAUCCUCAGUCUGCAGCAGCUGUUCAACGAGCUGCUGCAGGACCAGGGACCCAACCUGGACCGAACGUCGUCCCACGUCAGCGGCAUCAAAGAGCUCGCCCGACGCUUUGCCCUCACCUUCGGCCUGGACCAGAUCAAGACCAGAGAGGCUGUGGCCACGCUGCACAAGGAUGGAAUAGAGUUUGCAUUUAAGUACCAGAAUCCUCGGGGACCAGAGUUUCCUCCCGUCAACCUGGCCUUCCUGGAGGUCCUGAGCGAAUUCUCAUCCAAACUCAUCCGCCAAGACAAGAAGACAGUUCACUCGUACCUGGAGAAGUUCAUGUCAGAGUCGAUGUCGGAGCGCCGGGAGGACGUGUGGCUGCCGCUGAUCUCGUACAGGAACAGCCUGCUGACGGGAGGAGACGAGGACCACAUGUCCGUCAUAUCCGGGUCCAGCAGCAAGACCGGCUCGGUGCGCAGCAAGAAGGGGCGACCGCCUGUACACAAGAAACGCAUCGAGGAAGAGAGCAGUGUGGAGGGCUCGUGGUUGAUGCGCAACGACACUCUUCAAACACCGGGAGCGCUGCAGACUCCUCAGCUCACAUCAACAGUCCUCAGAGAGAACAGACCAGCAGAACACAUGCCCGACCCCGACUCAGAACCUGGAUCAGAGAACGACUACGUACACAAUCCUCAGAUGCAGAUGUCGUGGCUCGGCCAGCAGAAGAUGGAGGAGGUGAACAGGAAGGACCGGACGGGCAUGAACUACAUCAAGUCACGCAGCAAUCAGGGAGUCCGGCAGACUGUCCGCGGGUUGAUGGAGGAUGAUGCCGAGCCCAUCUUUGAGGACGUGAUGAUGUCAUCGCGAGGCCAGCUGGAGGACAUGAACGAGGAGUUUGAGGACACUAUGGUGAUCGAUCUGCCGCCAUCGAGGAACAGACGUGAAAGAGCAGAAUUAAGACCGGACUUCUUUGACUCAGCAGCCAUGAUCGAGGACGAGUCGGGAUUCAGCAUGCCCAUGUUCUGAUGUGGGAAGAGGCGACCAUCCUGAGACCAGGAUUCACAUCAGGAUUAAACACAAGAGGGAGGGAGGGGGGUGAUUACCUGCCACUCAAACUCCUAAGAAGAAGAAAAAACAUUGUCGAAGUACUUUUCUCUUUCUAAAAGACACAAUGGAAGGAUGAUUUGUCAAGUGGAUCUUCUGAUGGAUCCCACAUCGGCUGGAUCUCACCUGGUACUGUGGUGCGUCGAGGAUCGGCUCUGUUCUUUCAGGCGGGGGGGGGGGGGGGGGCGGAGGAUCCAGAAUCUAGUCCGGUUUAUUCAAGAGCUUUGUUUUGCUCCUGUUCUUCCUGUUGGUUUAGCUCUUGUUAGCGGUAGCUCUGAUGGCACCUCGGCCGCCGACCGAUGAGUACUUACAGCUUUUACGGUUUCGUGUCACACAGAUGUUUUGUUCCGCUCACAAUCAGCAACUCAACACUCUGUACAGACCACCCCCCCCCCCUUCUCUUUGUGUCCCCCCUCAACCUUCCUGGUUAAAUCAAACUUAAAGAGGAUCUCAGAAUAUGUAAUGUUCUAUAUCUUUGCUCUUAUUACCACCCACUGACCCCCCCCCCCCCUCCCCCUCACUGUUCACCAUUGUGGGUGUAAAUUGUUAAUGAUGAUGAAAGUUGAGAAGAACAUGCGCACUAGAAAAGACCGGGAAGCAUUGAUGUAACUGUUUUGUGUGUGAUGUCCAAGCAAAGCGAGUGUUGUCAUUUGAUUUAAGCCCGACCCCUCUGACCUCUGACCCUGGACAGAAAGAAGCCCCACCCUCUCCGAUCUCGGACAUGUUGUGCACUCUCACACACACACACACACACACACACAAACACACACACCCUCGAAUAACUGCUUUUUAAAGUAAAAAAGUUUUAAAAAAAGACAAUAAACAUAUUUUGAAUUCUGUAGCUUUAGUACUAAAGUUUUAAAUCGAGUGUGUUUCGUUUCUGUCUGAUGUUUGUACAGCCUUUUCUUGAAUAUGUAUCUCGUUUGUUGCCAAAUUGUGGCCUACAUACUUACAGUAUAUUCCAGCCCCUCCCCCUACACCUGCAUCUCAUAUCUAACGGUUACCAAGCCCCAGUUAUCGCCAUGGGAUACCAGCUGUUUAAGCGCUGUAUGGUCUGAUUGUAAUGGUUUCACAGUUCAGUAUUACUGCAGAUUAUCUGUAUUGUCGUUCACUUUACAGGUCAAAGUAAGUUUUCACACCUGCCUACAGUGUUAGCGGAUCCAAGGAGUUACAGAUUUUUGUUGUUAUUAUUGUUCAUAUCGAAGUGCAGUGAUGGAUCUCUAGGUCUGACAGAUUUGUUUGAAUGUGUUUUGAAUGUUUUCCAGCCAUAUCGUCGCUCACCCUCUCUGUUUGUUCAAAAAUCAUAUCCCUUCCUCUGGCUGGCUUGGCAGUCCUCCUGUAAAUAUCAGAGACAAUUGGAUCUUUUCUGCAGUGCAGUUGACAUCGGUUGCCCUAAAAUGCUCUAAAAGCCUGGUUUUUUUUGUUUUGUUUUUUUCUGUGAACCUAAAUUCUUUUUAAUAAAAUAAAAUCUGUAAUCAAUUUAUGA